UGUCGCCUCAGUUGUGUGGCAGUAGCCGCUUUGUAAACAUUUUCCCGUUGUUUGCACCACGCGUCGUUCUCCCGUCGCCUGUCGCCGUUUGUCGUUGUCUCUACGUCUUUCGUCGCCGUUUUUUCGUCGUUUGCGUCUUUGUGUCGUUCGCGUUACGUUACGUUAAUCAAAUCAAAAAGAAAAGCGUUGCAUACUUUGCGGCUGUUGUUUGUGUUAACCAAUCUUGGGAUUUGAAUAUCCAUCCACUAAGAAAAAUUCCCUCUCAAUAAUAAUAAUAAUAAUUCAUAAAAAUAAAGUUGAAUUUUUCAUUUUAUCGGUGCGUGUCUAUGAUUUAAGUGUAUCGAAAUUUAAGGCAUCUUCUUCGAUCUCAACCAAAAUCAUUUCUACAGUCGAAAAAUACAAAUUCACUUUUAGCUCCGUCAUCAUUUAUUCAACCAAAAAAAAACAAAACAAUACUCCAGCAAAGUAAAAACGAAAUAAAUAAAUAAUACACAAAUCAAGAUCAACAGGAAAAAAAUCUCAAAUGUCGUGUAAACUUUGCAGUAUUUUAUAAAUUAAUUUCAACGUCAUAAAAAUCAGGAAUUAAUGUAGUGCCUAAUGCCAAGUGUAAUAAAUAUCAUGUAAAGCGAUAAGGAAAACAAAAAGUAUAACAAAAUUUACAAAAAUUAACGGUAUUAAAAAAUACACCUAGAUGUAUAUUUAUUGAUAACAACAAAAUAAUAAGUAAAAUAAAUAUAACAUAGCUGUCGUGUGCAAAUACAGUAGAAAAAAAACAAAGCAGAAAAAAGUUGUUAUAGCUUUAUUAAAUUUGCAAAUUCCGCAUAAAUUUCUGGCCAUUAACGCGUACAAUUUAUAAACUUAAACCAACAAAUACAAAACGAACAAAAUAUACACAUAUAUUGGUAAUAAAUUUAUUCGUGUAUUUUGGACGAUUGCGACAACAAUUUGUUGCGGCUUUAAAUACGAGUGCGAUUAUAUCGAGAAUCAAAGUGUGAAAUUCGCCGCGGCCGCAAAAUUCGCGAUUCCGACUGUCAUCGGACGAGUAACAACAACUGCAACAACAACAACAACAACAACAGCAAUAGCAACUGUAAAGCAAAGUAGACAGAUAGACAGACAGACAGCGGAUGCAGCAGCUGGUCUAGAGAGCUUUUUCGGACGCGACGUAAACCCCAUAAAAAGGACAUUAAAACAAACAAACAAAUACUACAAUACAAUACACACAAUACAUAUUGGGAAAAGCUGUUAAAAACCCCCCGUUCGAAACAAACAUGUUGGCCUUUCACAACGAGCACAUUGCCAGUUGCGCCUUUCUAACCUACUUUAGUCCAGACAGCUCAACUACAGCUGCCAAUUCGCCAACAUCUGGAACACAGGCAACGCUUUACAAUGACAAACAGUCCAUAACUGGGGUUGCAUAUCCUUGCGGUGCGUUGAGUGUGCGACGCAUGCGCUGGCAACAACAUCAACAGCAGUUGCAGCAACAACAACAACAGCAACACCAUCAGCAGCAUCAUCAUUACCAUCAUCAUCGACAGCUUUAUGCUGGUCCUUAUGCGCGUGUGGCUCCCGCCCAGAGAUCGCAACAACAACAUCACUACCAACAGCAGCAAAUGCAGCAGCAAUCAUCAGGCGUUGGCCUCAUCAGCAGAAGUCGCAGCAAUUUGCGCGAAAUUUGCAAAACGCAUGCAAUUUGCUAACAGCAGUUGACUGCCUCAACCGAAGCAUCAGUAGCAACAACAACAGCAACAGCAGCAAGAACAUCAACAAUAUGUAGUAAUGUGCCGCUUGACAGCUCAGCAGCAAUAUCAACAAGAACAACACGAACAACAACAACAUUAUCUACAACAACAGCAACAACAUCAACUACUGCAACAACAACAACAUCAACAACAACAAGAACUUCUACGCAGCAAUGGCAAAAACUGCAAGUGCAGCAACAGCAACAACAAUUGCCAUUGCCAUUGCCGUGUGCUGCGCAAAUUAGUCAAAAC